AUGGACUUCUCGAGAGAGCCCGCGCAUUCCGAUCAAUUACAGGUCAGGAAGGCCCAUCCGUGGAACGCCGAGCCGGAUGUUGCUACCCUCGUCGAACAUCCUCUCACACCAGAGCAUCUGGUCUACUGCCGUAACCACUGCCCCGUCGAAGCUCUCGAUGGCAGUACAUUCAAAAUCACGAUCGACGGGCUUGUGCAACAUGCGCAAGCGUAUACACUGGCCGACCUCGCAGCCCAGUUCCCAAAGAAGGAGAUCGUCGCCGCCUUACAGUGCGCAGGCAACCGGCGCAAGACCAUGCAAGACCGGAAGCACCACGACGUCGAAGGUGUGCUGUGGGAGGAAGGCACGAUUUGCAAUUGCCGGUGGGCGGGCGUGAGCAUGCGCGAACUCCUGCUGCGCGCAGGGGCACCGGCGGUAGCCGUUGGCAAGAAAGGCGAGGAACAGCGCAUGCAGAGUCUGCACCUGUGCUUCGCGUCGCACGCGCCGUGCGAGGACGAGGACUGGUUCGGUGCCUCGAUACCGCUCGCGAAGGUGCUCGAUGAGGAAGGGGACGUGCUCGUUGCGUACGAGAUGAACGGACGGCCGCUGUCCCCGGACCACGGCUAUCCGUUCCGAGUCGUCGUGCCGGGCUACACAGGUGCGCGGUGGGUGAAGUGGGUCGACCACAUUAGUGUCGCCGAGCGGGAAUCCGAGAAUUUCUACCAGCAGAGGGACUACAAGGUGCUUCCGACGAAGGCAGACAAAGAGGACUGGUGGUCGAAGGUGCCCCCGAUCCUGGCUAAUCCUCUGAACUCAGUUGUCGCGGUCGUGCAGUUCGAGCCUCCGAGAACCUUGUUCGUCAAGGGGUACGCCGUCCGGGGUCCCUCCGGCCAGGUGAGCAGGGUAGAGGUCAGCAUAGACGAAGGAACAACGUGGCGGGGGACGAGGAUAACGUAUCAAGAGGGCCGCUGGAGCUGGACUUUGUGGGAAGCUGUAAUUGGAUUGCCGGAGACAUACCAGGGUCGAGAGGGCAAGAUUCGGAGUCGGGCGAUCGACGAGAGCGGCGAGACCCAACAGCCAGAUAUGGACUGGAAUCUGCGGGGUGUAUCGUAUUCUGCUGUAGGGGAGAAAGAGUUCAGGACAUGA